GCAAAAAAUAAAUUGACGUCAAUUUUUAUAUCGUCUGUCCUGUUAUUGACAAUGAAUUUCGUCAUCACUGUUGUUAAAACCACUCGGCUAUGGCUUGGUGGAUCCAAAGCUACUUUGACCACGUUAUGACUAACCUGCUAUCAGGCGUUCUUUCUUUUUUCCUUUUUCCUUUUUUUAAUUCAUGAUCAAUAACAAGUCGGACGCGUGAAAAACUGACGUCAUUUUGUUAUAGAAUGUUUGUUCAGCCUUCUAAUUAUAGAGAAUCACGUGAUUGGAAGGAAAAUGGCCGUGUGAUUUCCUUUGAAAACCUGGCGCUAGCCUGUAAUUGGCUGAGCGGUCACCUCACAAUCAACAGAAGCGGAAGGCCCGAUUGUGGUGUUCGAAUGACGAGGGUUUUGGUCGUAAAAUAGUCUUUCUGUACUCAAAAUUUGGAAAUGUUUAGCCUUCAAAGUGUUAGUUCUUUAAGAGGUGUCUUCAUUAAGAGCACGAAAUGCCUUCCUGCUGUUCAAAAUGUUGUGGUGAAGAUGUCCACCAGUUCUGAUCCCAAAGAUCCGUCCUUCACAGAAAUGUGCGAAGGCUUCUUCGAAAAUGCAAGAAGCUUCGUGGAACAUAGGCUUCUGACGAAGCCAGAUCCUCCUGGUUACCGCACAGAAAAGUUUGAAGACAAAAAACACAGAAUAAAAGGAACUCUAGAUGUUAUGAAGCCCUGUGCUGAUGUUCUUUCAGUAAUGUUUCCAAUCAAAAGAGAUAAUGGUGAAUUUAAACUUAUCCAGGGUUAUAGGGCACAACACAGUCAUCACCGAACACCAUGCAAAGGAGGUAUUAGGUAUAGUGAUGACGUUGAUAUUGAUGAAGUGCAGGCGUUGGCCACCCUUAUGACAUACAAAUGUGCUGUGGUUGAUGUUCCCUUUGGUGGAGCUAAAGGAGGCAUCAAGAUCAACCCUUCAGAAUACUCACAAUCUGAACUAGAAAAGAUCACAAGGAGAUUCACAGUGGAGCUUGCAAAGAAAAAUUUCAUUGGACCAGGCCUUGAUGUGCCAGCACCAGACAUGGGGACUGGGGAGAGAGAAAUGAGUUGGAUUGCAGACUCAUUUGACAUGACAUUAGGUUAUGGUAACAUGAAUGCAUAUGCUUGUGUCACUGGAAAACCGGUUCAUCUUGGUGGAAUUCAUGGAAGAAUAUCAGCCACAGGAAGGGGUGUUUUCCAUGGGAUAGACAACUUUCUUAAUUCAGAAAAAUAUUCUGGCUUAGUUGGCUUAGAACCUGGACUCCGUGGAAAAACAUUUAUAGUUCAGGGAUUUGGUAAUGUGGGUCUCCAUACUUGCCGUUAUCUGCACCGUGCAGGAGCCAGGUGCAUUGGAAUCAUGGAGAGAGAUGGAAAUCUUUACAAUGAAGAUGGAAUUGAUCCGAAAGAACUUGAAGAUUAUAAACUGGACAAUGAUGGCUCAAUUAAAGGUUUUCCUGGAGCAAAGAUGACCGAGGAAAACCUUUUGGAAGCUGAAUGUGACAUAUUAGUUCCUGCUGCGAAUGAGAAACAGAUUACAAUUAAAAAUGCCCACAAAAUUAAAGCAAAGGUUAUUGCUGAAGGUGCAAACGGGCCAACCACACCAGCGGCAGAAAGAGUUUUAAUUGAAAACAAUAAACUUGUCAUUCCAGAUAUGUACUUGAACGCAGGAGGUGUGACUGUUUCCUACUUCGAGUGGCUGAAGAACAUCAACCAUGUCAGUUUUGGACGUCUGACUUGGAAGUACGAGAAGGAAGCAAACUUUAAUCUUUUAGCGAGCGUCCAAGAAAGCUUGGAAACUCAUUUCAAAUCAAAUAUUCCUAUCAGACCAUCGGAGGGGUUCCUUCAAAAGAUUGCAGGCGCAUCGGAAAGAGAUAUUGUCCACUCUGGAUUAGAAUUCACAAUGGAACGAUCAGCCAAGGUACGUGGUCCCAUACCGGUCAAAUAAGGCGCGUUCCUUUCUUUUAGUCUACUACAGUCUACGUAAAGCUAUGCGUUUCACUUACGUCUCAGCAAGGAUUGUGCUAGUC